AUGAAGUUCAACGCCGUCGCUUUCACUAUUGUCGCUGUCGUCGCCCGCGUGCACGCCCAGUCGUCCACUGCGGGUAGCGCAGCCCCCACCUCCACCAACGGUAUCUCGCCCUGCAUCCUCACCUGCAUCCAACAGGCCGCCUCAGCCAACGGCUGCAGCAGCGCCCUCGACGUGAGCUGCCUCUGCAGCAACACGCAAUUCCAGCAGUCCGCCCUCUCUUGCCUCGAGAGCUCGUGCUCCUCGUCCGACGUCCAGGCCGCCCAGGCUCUCCAGUCCGCGGAGUGCGGUGCCGGUCACUCCGCGACGAGCGCGGCGAGCAGCCACGCGAGCUCUGCAGCGUCCUCUGCGGCGUCGCAGACGAGCAACGCGGCCAUGAGCGGGAUGCGCGGCGAGUGGGGCGUCGCGAAGGGCGGUCUGCUCGGCGUCGCCGCGGCCAUGGUGGGCGUCGUUGCCGGGGCUGCGUUCGUCCUGUGA